CUACAAUGGCGAACGCUUCGGCUAAGCGUGUCGCACAGCAAAAUGCGCAGACGAUCAAGAACAUGAAAUAUGGCAUGUUGGCCGCAGGAGCAUUAUCGCUCUUGCUUCGCAUGUUAUUCAGGAAAGGCUCACUGUCACCGGCGAAAUUGUCUCUCUGGCUACUGGCGUUGUCAAACCUCCCAUCUAUAUUCCUGUCUCGAUACCUGGAGCGCAUCGGGUCUCCGAGACGCGAUGCCACAACUGACACUCUCAUAUCUGCUGGUGAAGACCUCGGGCGGCCUGGGAUCAUCGAGUGGGCUUUCGAUGUGAUUUACAUUACAUGGGCAUGUCAAGUCGGCAGCGGUGUGUUCGGCGACUGGUUCUGGUGGCUAUAUCUGGUUAUUCCGCUGUAUGCCGUAUACAAGCUAUGGACCUCUGCCAUAUCACCUUUGCUCUUUGGACGACCUGCAGCAACCCCGGAUCCUCGAGGAGACUCGGCGCCCAAAGAGCCCGUUAGCAAACGACAAGAGAAAUUGCGGAAAAGAGGGGAGCGCGGCGACCAACGGGUGCGCAUGCAAUCCGUAAAGGAAUGAUCUAGUUCCGUGAUGUAUACUAGUCCGUCGUGACAAUCUUUGUGUAUUUGAUGACACUGGGAAA